GGUUUAGUUAUGACAUCGGUACCGCACAAAUUUUCAGUUCUUCAGUAGCCGCUGAACCUCGUUUUGGUGCUGUACGAAAGCGAGCCGAUUUGCUUUUAACCAAUUUGGAAAUUUUCAAAAAUUUUGACAGAUUUCCUAACCUUCAAAUCAAUAAAUCAAGCCUUUUCAGCUAUAAAAAAGGUGACCAGACAUGGACCAAGGGAAAAUCUCCGAGGAACUGAUGCCGCACGGAACUCCCGGCAUCUUCCGGCCGAGGCCGCCAAGCACUGAAUUCUCGCCACUGACGAUAGGAGGUUAUGCAAAACAAUCGAUCGGCAAAAUAGGGAACAUUUUCUCAAAAAAAAUGGCCGCGUCGACGUCGCAACCGACAGUGCCCUGGCCCAAUUCUAAAGACGAUUACGAACUGGGAAAAGUGAUCGGUGUUGGAGCCACUGCUGUAGUGCAUGGAGCAUUGUGCAAGCCGCGCAACGAAAAAUGCGCCAUCAAGCGCAUCAACCUGGAAAAAUGGAACACUUCAAUGGACGAGCUACUUAAGGAGAUCCAGGCUAUGUCUUCGUGCAACCAUGAAAACGUCGUCACUUAUUACACGAGCUUUGUGGUGCGAGAGGAGCUGUGGCUGGUGCUGAAACUGCUGGAAGGCGGCAGUCUUCUGGAUAUCAUCAAGCACAAGAUGCGCAUUUCCAAUUGCAAACAUGGAGUGUUUGACGAGGCCACCAUAGCUACAGUGUUGCGCGAAGUGCUCAAAGGGCUGGAGUAUUUUCACAGCAACGGCCAGAUCCACAGAGACAUCAAGGCAGGCAAUAUUCUACUGGGCGAAGAUGGGACUGUUCAGAUCGCGGAUUUCGGCGUUUCCGCCUGGCUGGCUACUGGCCGGGACCUUUCCAGGGAAAAAGUCCGGCACACUUUCGUGGGGACCCCUUGCUGGAUGGCUCCUGAAGUAAUGGAGCAGGAUCAUGGCUACGACUUCAAAGCAGACAUUUGGUCUUUUGGAAUCACUGCCAUUGAAAUGGCCACCGGAACAGCCCCCUAUCACAAGUACCCGCCCAUGAAGGUGCUCAUGCUGACGCUCCAGAACGAGCCUCCUAAUCUGGAUACAGGAGCCGAUGAAAGGGACCAAUACAAGGCUUACGGCAAGACAUUCAGGAAAAUGAUUACCGAUUGUCUCCAAAAAGAGGCCUCCAAGCGACCAAGCGCCGCCGAACUCUUAAAGCAUCCAUUCUUCAAGAAAGCAAAAGACAAAAAGUAUUUGCAACAAACCCUCGUCGCUAUUGGGCCCAGUUUGGAAACGCGCGUGCAAAAGGCCUCCAAAAGGCAACCGGGCGCGUCUGGGCGACUGCACCGCAAGGAAACCGGCGAAUGGGUUUGGUCGAGUGAGGACGAAGAUGCGGAUGAAUCGAGCGAUAGCGAUACUGACUCAAAACCCAUGAAUACGCUGGUUUCGGCAGGAUCUUCCGGGUCGGAUCAUGAGAGCAGUGAAAGCGAACCGCCGCCAGUCAAUCUGGUUUUGAGAAUGAGAUCACCCCCAAGAUCCGUUCCCUUGAGGAAUGCUAAAAGGGAGCUGAACGACAUCCGGUUCGAGUUCGCAGUGGGGAAAGAUUCGGCCGAAGGAAUCGCAAGUGAACUGGUGGGGGCUGGACUGGUAGAUGGAAAAGACAUAACGGCUAUAACCCAGAAUCUGCAGAAACUGAUCGAGCAAAGGCACACACUGAAAGUGGUCACUUUUCAACUGCAAUCCGGAACGGGAAACAAUGAAGCUCCCGAUGAUAAGGCCCUAAUAGGAUACGCCCAGAUUUCGAUUACAGACUGAAAAAGACUUUACUUUAGACAGUUAUAUUUAUACAUACCAAUUUGUCUUCUGGUAUCUACUGAUCGUGGCCCAUAUACAUUUUCUGAUUGUGUUUUAGCAAUUCUCGGCCUUCAGGAUUUUCGUUUUUCAAAUUCUGUGCAUUUAUUGAGAGUUUAGAUAGUUUUGCCUAAUUAAUUAGUUAAUAAAAGACCAGGGAGGAACCGUUUUCCUAUUUCUUCUUGUCUUCAUCCUGGUACAUAUCAUAUGAGCAACGACCAAUAGAUGCCAUGUCAUUGUACUUAAGUUCCAUGAAAUUCACUGUUGAAUAUUGUUGUAAGUUGUAAACUUUACGUAUUUUUAUAAUAGCGCUAUCCUUUAGAAUUCCCAAACAACAAUGCCUCUAUGUUAUACAUAUUGUUGAAUGCCUUUUAGCGUAAAGUCUGCAUAGUAUUUCUAGCGAGCGUGCCAAUGAUUGUGUCAGUCACUUGAGUUGAAUUAAGAAAAUUAUAUUGAUUGGGAAAUUGGGUAAAGUUUGUGUAUAUAAUUUAUUUGUUCAAUUAAAAAUCGCUUCUGAUUGAA